UAUUCCCACGGAAAGCAAAGUGGAGAUCAGAAAUAAUUUUGCAGCUCCUGGAGCAGGAGCUGUGCUGACUGCGUGCUGAGAAGAGCCGGAUCCGUGAGAAAUGUAGCUUGGCUCAGGGCUACACCAGGGAGCUGCUACUUCAGCUGCUAAAGAUGGCAAAACAACACCUACCUCAGGGUUUUCCAGGAUUCAUGCUAUCUUAAUAACCGGGAGGGAAAAGGAUGUGAGAUUUUUGUGUGUGUGAAAUUAACUUGUGGAAAUGUUAUCAUCAGAGAAAGUGGGGAAAAUUACUAGAUUUGAACUUCUCUUCGUUUUGAUGAUCUUCUUCUCUGGACCAACUCUGAGCAAGCUGACUCGGACCCCCUGGAAAGGGAAACCUUGGAAAGGGGGAUCUCGUCUUCGCCAGGAAGACUUCCCCCCGCGAAUUGUGGAGCACCCUUCAGAUGUCAUCGUCUCUAAGGGAGAGCCCACCACUUUGAAUUGUAAGGCCGAGGGGCGGCCCACACCCACCAUUGAGUGGUACAAGGAUGGAGAACGGGUGGAGACCGAUAAGGAUGAUCCCCGGUCCCACAGGAUGCUUCUGCCUAGCGGGUCCUUAUUCUUCUUGCGCAUCGUGCAUGGGCGCCGAAGUAAACCUGAUGAAGGAAGCUACGUUUGUGUUGCCAGGAACUAUCUUGGUGAAGCAGUGAGCCGAAAUGCAUCUCUGGAAGUGGCAUUGUUAAGAGAUGACUUCCGGCAAAACCCCACAGACGUGGUCGUGGCAGCUGGGGAGCCCGCCAUCCUGGAGUGUCAGCCUCCCCGGGGACACCCCGAACCCACCAUCUACUGGAAAAAAGACAAAGUUCGAAUUGAUGACAAGGAAGAAAGAAUAAGUAUCCGUGGUGGAAAACUGAUGAUCUCCAAUACCAGGAAAAGCGAUGCAGGGAUGUAUACCUGUGUUGGUACCAAUAUGGUGGGAGAGAGAGACAGUGAUCCUGCGGAACUGACUGUCUUUGAACGACCCACAUUUCUCAGGAGGCCAAUUAACCAGGUGGUGCUGGAGGAAGAAGCUGUAGAAUUUCGUUGUCAGGUCCAGGGGGACCCUCAGCCAACUGUACGGUGGAAAAAGGAUGAUUCAGACUUGCCAAGAGGAAGGUAUGACAUCAAAGAUGAUUACACACUGAGAAUCAAAAAGGCUCUGAGUACAGAUGAAGGCUCCUACAUGUGUAUUGCUGAGAAUCGUGUUGGCAAAGUGGAGGCCGCAGCUACCCUAACAGUGCGAGCUCGCCCUGUUGCUCCUCCACAAUUUGUGGUUAGGCCAAGAGAUCAGAUUGUUGCUCAAGGUCGAACAGUGACAUUUCCUUGUGAAACUAAAGGAAACCCACAGCCAGCUGUUUUUUGGCAGAAAGAAGGUAGCCAGAACCUGCUUUUUCCAAAUCAACCCCAGCAGCCCAAUAGUAGGUGUUCUGUGUCACCCACCGGCGACCUCACCAUCACCAACAUUCAGCGUUCAGACGCCGGGUACUAUAUCUGCCAGGCCCUGACUGUGGCAGGAAGCAUUUUGGCAAAAGCUCAACUUGAAGUUACUGAUGUUUUGACAGAUAGACCUCCACCCAUUAUACUACAAGGCCCAGCCAACCAAACAUUAGCAGUAGAUGGUACCGCAUUACUGAAGUGUAAAGCUACUGGAGAUCCUGUUCCUUUAAUUAGCUGGCUGAAGGAAGGAUUUACUUUUCUGGGUAGAGAUCCAAGAGCAACAAUACAAGAUCAAGGAACAUUGCAGAUAAAGAAUUUACGGAUUUCUGAUACCGGCACUUAUACCUGUGUGGCAACUAGUUCAAGUGGGGAGACUUCCUGGAGCGCUGUGCUAGAUGUGACAGAAUCUGGAGCAACAAUCAGUAAAAAUUAUGAUUUAAAUGAAUUGCCAGGGCCACCAUCCAAACCACAGGUCACUGAUGUUACUAAGAACAGUGUCACCUUGUCCUGGCAACCAGGUACGCCUGGUAUGCUUCCAGCAAGUUCAUAUAUCAUUGAAGCUUUCAGCCAAUCGGUGAGCAAUAGCUGGCAGACAGUGGCGAACCACGUAAAGACCUCCCUCUACACAGUCAGAGGACUGCGGCCCAAUACGAUCUAUUUAUUCAUGGUCAGAGCUAUCAACCCCCAAGGUCUCAGUGACCCAAGCCCUAUGUCAGAUCCAGUCCGCACACAAGAUAUCAGUCCCCCCGCACAAGGGGUGGACCACAGACAAGUCCAGAAGGAACUGGGGGAUGUCCUUGUCCAUCUUCAUACUCCGGUAGUGUUGACCCCCACCACUGUCCAAGUUACGUGGACGGUUGAUCGCCAGCCCCAGUUCAUCCAGGGUUACCGAGUGAUGUACCGUCAGACCUCAGGCCUGCAGGCUUCAUCUACAUGGCAGAAUUUAGAUGCCAAGGUUCCGACAGAACGAAGUGCCGUCUUGGUCAAUCUGAAAAAGGGAGUGACUUAUGAAAUUAAGGUUCGACCCUAUUUUAAUGAAUUCCAAGGAAUGGAUAGUGAAUCCAAAUCAGUUCGUACUACUGAAGAAGCCCCGAGUGCUCCUCCACAAUCUGUCACUGUGCUGACAGUUGGAAGCCACAAUAGCACAAGUAUUAGUGUCUCCUGGGAUCCUCCCCCUCCAGAUCAUCAGAAUGGAAUUAUCCAAGAAUAUAAGAUCUGGUGUCUGGGAAAUGAAACACGAUUCCAUAUCAACAAAACUGUGGAUGCAGCUAUCCGAUCUGUAAUAAUUGGUGGAUUGUUCCCAGGUAUUCAGUACCGGGUAGAGGUGGCAGCAAGUACCAGUGCAGGAGUUGGAGUAAAGAGUGAGCCACAGCCAAUAAUAAUCGGGGGGCGUAAUGAAGUUGUCAUUACUGAAAACAAUAACAGCAUAACUGAACAAAUCACUGACGUUGUGAAGCAACCAGCCUUUAUAGCCGGUAUUGGUGGUGCCUGUUGGGUAAUUUUGAUGGGUUUUAGCAUCUGGUUGUAUUGGCGAAGAAAGAAGAGAAAGGGACUCAGUAACUAUGCUGUUACAUUUCAAAGAGGAGAUGGGGGACUAAUGAGCAAUGGAAGCCGUCCAGGUCUUCUAAAUGCUGGUGACCCCAGUUAUCCAUGGCUUGCUGAUUCAUGGCCAGCCACUAGCUUGCCUGUGAACAAUAGCAAUAGUGGUCCCAAUGAGAUUGGGAAUUUUGGGCGUGGUGAUGCGCUGCCACCAGUUCCAGGCCAAGGGGAUAAAACAGCAACGAUGCUCUCAGAUGGAGCCAUUUAUAGCAGCAUUGACUUCACUACCAAAACCACUUACAAUAGUUCUAGCCAAAUAACACAGGCCACCCCGUAUGCCACGACACAGAUCUUGCAUUCCAACAGCAUACACGAAUUGGCUGUCGAGCUACCUGAUCCGCAGUGGAAAAGUUCAAUUCAGCAAAAAACAGAUCUGAUGGGAUUUGGUUAUUCCCUGCCUGAUCAAAACAAAGGUAACAAUGCCUUACUUUACAUCCCUGACUACCGAUUGGCUGAGGGAUUGUCUAAUAGAAUGCCACACAACCAGUCACAGGAUUUCAGCACCACCAGCUCUCACAACAGCUCAGAGAGGAGUGGCAGUCUCUCAGGUGGAAAAGGUGGAAAAAAGAAGAAAAAUAAAAACUCUUCUAAACAGCAGAAAAACAAUGGAUCGACCUGGGCCAAUGUUCCGCUACCUCCGCCCCCAGUCCAGCCCCUUCCUGGUACAGAGCUGGAGCACUAUGCGGUGGAACAGCAAGAAAAUGGCUAUGACAGUGAUAGCUGGUGCCCUCCAUUACCAGUACAAACAUACUUACACCAGGGCAUGGAGGACGAGCUGGAAGAAGAUGAUGACCGCGUUCCAACACCUCCUGUUCGAGGCGUGGCUUCUUCUCCUGCUAUUUCCUUUGGACAGCAGUCUACUGCUACUCUCACUCCAUCCCCACGAGAAGAAAUGCAACCCAUGCUGCAGGCUCACCUGGAUGAGCUGACAAGAGCCUAUCAGUUUGAUACAGCAAAGCAAACAUGGCACAUUCAAAGCAAUAAUCAACCUCCACAGCCCCCAGUUCCACCAUUAGGUUACAUGUCCGGAGCCUUGAUCUCUGAUUUGGAAACAGAUGUUCCAGAUGAUGAUGCUGAUGACGAGGAGGAAGUUUUAGAAAUCCCAAGGCCCCUGAGAGCUCUAGAGCAGACACCUGGAUCCAGUAUGGACAAUCUAGACAGCUCUGUGACAGGCAAAGCUUUUACCUCGUCUCAAAGACCUCGACCAACCAGCCCAUUUUCUACUGACAGUAACACCAGUGCAGCCAUGAGUCAAGGUCAGAGGCCUCGGCCCAGUAAAAAACACAAGGGCGGGCGAAUGGACCAGCAACCAGCAUUGCCUCAUCGAAGGGAGGGCCUGCCAGAGGAUCUUCCACCACCACCAGACCCCCCUCCAGGUCAGGGUUUAAGGCAGCAAAUAGGCCCAAGCCAGAAUGCUGGUAACGCGGAAAACUCAACAGAGAGAAAAGGAAGCUCUCUGGAGAGACAACAAGCAUCGAACUUAGAAGAAACAAAGAGCUCACUGGAUUGUCCAGCUAGAACACCUCUAGAGUGGCAGCGACAAACCCAAGAAUGGAUAAACGCCACAGAACGCCAAGAAGAUAGACGGAAAGCCCUCCACAAACAAGGUGUCGGACCAGAGGAGACCUUGGUGCCCUAUAGCAAGCCCAGUUUUCCUUCCCCAGGCGGUCACAGCUCAUCAGGAACAGCUUCUUCAAAAGGAUCCACUGGACCUAGGAAAGCAGAGGCAUUGAGGGGCAACCUCCAGCGCAACGCCAGCGACCUUCUUGACAUAGGAUACAUGGGCUCCAGUAGUCAAGGACAGUUUACAGGUGAAUUAUAGUAACUGAGAGGAGACAUGCAAAGCUGCUCUGAAGGACCAGCAGGUCUGAACUCAUGGAAGUGAUGACACUAAACAGUGCAAUGAACAAUUUCUUUAUUUAUGUACUAUUACAACAACUGUAAAUGCAAUGUAAAGACACACAGCCACACAUAUCCCACAGAUAUUUUACUUGUGUUCUUCUCUUAAGUACACCACCCACCUUAACUCUUUCUUGUCAGGAGUAUAUAAAAAAGAAAGAAAACAAAACUCGCCCUCCAGGAAGAAAAGGAUUUUCCUCUGUAUAUAAUUUCUUUUGUGCAUUGCUAUGCAAGCUCCAUCUUUUUAGCUCUGUUCAUAUUAUUGUCUGUUCUUAUUGGUCUGUUGUACUAUAUGUGAAUUAAUAGGCUGUGGUGCCAUAUAUUAACUUUUAAUUGUGUAACUUUUAUGUUUAAAUUUUGCACUGCAAUUUUAUUUGGUGAUAAGCACAAAUCUCUACUCCUCGUGACAUGAAGAAAAAGACUGAAUGUGAAGGGAGUUUCUGUACUGUAAGUUAGUUUGGAUAAUGCUGGUCGUAACCAGUCCAUUAGAUGGUUUUCAGUUGGGGUGUAGAAAUAGGAAGAGGCAAAGGAAUUGUGGUGUUGGAGAAGCCUUCUUUGAGCAUCAAAGACUGAGUCAAUAAAAAGAGAGAGAAAGGUGGCUUUUACUAUUGACAAAAGCAAGGGUCAAAAGAAGGGAGUUUACAUCUAAGACUGAAUAAGCAUUAAAAUACACAGGUAGCAAAGAUGUACUAAACUUGCUAACACAGUAAACAGAAAUUAAAGCUAUACUGAGUUAACCUUACCUGUCAUUGUAAUUGACCCACCUGAGAAUUACAAUCUAAAAGAAAUUGAAAUUAAGGUGUUUCACAAGAGCUGUAUUUAUAUUACAGUUAUUUUAAAAGCAUUUUCUGAAUUACCAUAAUUAAUCUCUCCAACUCAUUAAGUCAGAAUACAAUAUGAAGUUCCCCAAGGAAACAAACAAAAUGAACUCUAAGAUAUCUAGCAAAUAGUAAAGAGGCAAUUUAUUAUUAGGACAUACUCGGGCUGCUUCCAAAUAUAAAAAUUCUAUUACAAUAUCUUGUUUCAUCUUUCUAAUACAUGUACAGUACACACUAGAGGAUAGAGCUGCAUCACUUCAGUUCAUGACUCUUGAAAAAUAAUGCCGUAUAGAUACAAUUUUGUGUUUUAUUUGAUUAAGAAAUGACGUUUAUGCCACCAAAUAUAUAGCCAAAUUGUAAGUGCUUAAAAAAAAAAAAGCAGUGCUCAGAGUAUGUUCAUUUCACAGUAAGUAGAUUUAUUGGAUUAAAUAUUUUAUGGUACAUUUUCAGAAAUUGGCUACCAACAAAAAUAUGUUUGACCCAUUUUGAAUGAGUAAAUUGAAAAAAAAUUUUAAAGGAGAAAAAUGCAUGUUUAUACACUUUUUAAAUAAAACCAAACCUCGUAAGUGGACAUUAAUAGCAGUGUCCUGCCUCAUUUGUUUUCACGACUUUGAGAACAAGAAAUUCCUGGCUAUCGGUGACAUACAUGAUCAAUAUGAAUAUGACUUUGAAAGAUGUUAGCUACUGUACAUGUAUAGUCAAUCAGUCAAGUAAAAAAGAACCUUCCUGAAAUUCCUACUUGUGACAUUUUCCCACGUGCUACCUACACGGUUGUAAAUUUUACUUGCCUAUACUUUCUCAUCUUUCCCCUAGGACAUGUUCAGUAAUUGGUACUUGAUAUAAUAUGUGAUGUAAUCGUUAGGGUCAAUUCUAGAAAAUCUGAUCCAUUGGAAUGACAAUUUGUACUCUUUGCAUUAUGGGCUCAGGCACUAACUGUAAGUGAAAUGUGAUCACAAAGGGAUGAGAUAAUACGAUGUUUCCAUCUUUUCCAUUCCAUGAGACUGCAUCUACACAGGCCAGUACAGAGGAACAAACAGAACAUUAAGAGUACAGACCCCACUUUUUGCUGCAUGUAGGGUAUUUCUUCAUUGAAGUGAAAAACAAUUCUGAGACACACACACACACUAAACCCGUUAUCAUCUUUGUACCACCAGUGCCUAAAUAUUGAUGCAGCUUCAAUUUAUCUGGGUCAAAGAGACUGGGAAGAUGAGACAUUUAUGGAAAGAAUGAGUUCAACUUACAACUGUGAUAUGUGAGGAAUUAAGCUUUUUUUUACUUCUAUAGUUCUUCACUUCUUUCUAUUUCAAAGCAAACACAACUGUGUUCACUUAUGUCCCCUCUUUAGUAUGUUCCACUAUACCUCAAUUAGUCUAAAACCUUAUUUCAUUGCACAUAUUACACAUAGCAUUUGACACUUGGUAACUGACAGUUAUAUGUGAUGAAUAAACCAAAACUUGUGACUUGUGGAUUAAGGUGGGAAAUUGCAUCCUGCCUAGCUGAUUGUCUUCCAUGCAUAAAUAGCUGCUAUGGUUUCAUUAUGCCAAUGCUGUAGAUUUAUGAAUGAUCUUCUAGACUGGUCAUAUUCCCAGUUAAGUCUAGUUUUAAAAAAUCAGUCAGAUCACCCCAAAUCAACCUCAUGUAGAUAAUGAGAUAAAAUGUCAUGGCUAUCCAAAUGAAUUCAGGAACACUACUAAAAACAAAUCAACUUCCUAUAUGUAAAAGCUUCUAAUCAGUUUAAGUCAAAUGUCACUAGAAGAAUGAAAACACAUAGGACAGCUGUGAUGAUUUUUUUGUUCUGUGGCCUAUUAAAGGCUUCUGAUUAGAAUUUCAGUAUGCUCACUCUUUUGCAGGUCUAAACAGAAGUUUGCAUAAGCUGUCACCGGGAUAUCUGAGUGGGAGAGAAUGUAAUCUUAUCUUGCAUUCACAGGGAACAAGGCUGUGAAGUCAUGCCCAACAUAAGCGCAGCUUCAUGCAUGACACUUGAAGUCUACUGGGAAAUAGCUAAAUCUGCCCCAACUCAGGGAUGCCCGAGUGUUUGCAGGCAGUCACCCUACCCCUUCUUCAGAUCUUUCCAUGCCAUAUUUAAAGUGGGAAAGAACAGGGACAUGAAAACAACUGAUUGUGUCACAGGAUUUGAAUCCAGUUCAAGGGAGAACAGAGAAAAUAGUGAACGACAUCUCUGGAAUCAUACAACCAAAGGGAAGUAGAAACACUGUAAGGUUACUUGCUUUGGCUAACAGGAUGGUUUAACUGGUGUUCUCUGUCAUCGUUUAAGGCUAUAGGUACUGAAAUCUAUUUUGAAUGUAAUUCAAGUUGAACAUUUGUAUGAGCUUUGAUAGAACACCUACAAAUUUCUAGUCAAUAAAUUUAUGUAAUUGUUCAUUGACCAUUAAUUAUCAAAAUACCAAUGAACUUUAAACUGGUUUUUCUUCACCACUGCAAAGUAAUAAUGUGUCAGUAUUAAAGAUAUGCAGAAUCAUGACCUUCAUUAACUUGUUCAUCUGCUUCUGUAUAUUGUAUUUCUAGAAUUUCAUAACAAGAAUUGUGUAAAGCAACAUGUCCUUCCACAUUAUCUUAGAGGUGAAGUUACUUUCAUUUGCUUCUCUAUAAUGUGUACUUCAAAUGAAACACCAUAUUUUUAAAAAAUGACUUUCAAUUUACUAAUUUUUCUUAUCAUAAUUUUAAAAAACAUUUAUUGUGACGUUAAAGUGUUGCAAGAGAAGGCACUUUGUGGCCGUGAGUAGACUUUUAUACUUUGUUUUAUAGAUGGAUUUUUUUAACAGUAGCUUAAGUCACCAAACAGCGUCCAAAAUCUUAAUGUGUUUCAUUUAAUGUUGUUAGAACAGAAAAGAAAUUGGCAUAAAAUUGGUUAAUAGUAUUGUCAAAGAAUUGUGUAUUGUGUACUCACUGGGAAAAAAAUAAAAUAUAUUCACAUUUCAAAUUUGUAAAAAAGCCAUUUAUGUAAAACAGACUUGCUUACGGACAAACCAAAAAUAGACCCUUCUACUGCUUACAGAGUCUGCAUUAAUAUUUUAUGACAUAAAUUCACUCUUUCAUUCAGCAAUGAGUAGGGCAACAAUCAAAGGAAUUGGUGUUGAUGUAUAGUAGAGACUAAAAAACACUGAUGAAGUAUAUAAAAUGAAUUUGAAAUCUAAAUUCCACUCCAUGGGCACUGCUUUCUAGAUCUGACCUUACUUCUCCCAUACAGACUUUCAGAUAGAGAUAAUAGAAAUGUCUUGUCUACAGAAUUACUUAAUUAUUUUUAGAAUAUAAGUAAGGAUAAGGAUUGAAAGAAAGUAAAUGUUUUUAAUUGCCUCAAAAUUGCUAAUGACAAUUUUUUUUUUUAAACUAAUGGAUGUUGAAAGUCAUUUUACAGACAGGGUAGAAAAAAAUUCCCUUUUUUUGUUUUACUUCUUAAGUAUUUCAUUCUUUGUCACUGUCAAGUACAAUUACAGCAUCAAAAUCUCUCUAAAAAGGAAAAAAAGUUUAUACUUUGUAAAAGCCUAUACAAAUGGAAAUAAGAAAAUAGAAACAUUGACUUAAAAGUUUUAAAAAAUGCUUGGUAAGAGAGCAAUAAGUUUCAGAGUUUCAUUGUAUCUUAUGUAAGCUAUGAACAUAAAUAGCAUUAGAAUAAGUAAUGCUACAUUAAUAUAAUACAAUGAAAAUAAAUAAUAUUUGUGAUUAAAGACAAUAUAUACCAGUGAUCAAGAAAAUGAGAAACAAUCAUUGCUUUAUGGAAUUUGUGUUUAUGUUAACACCUGCAAAUGACAA